AUGGCGACAGACAGACCAGACGGCGAUACCGCGCUCCUGGACCUCGACAAUGACUACGAUUCCGAGGAGGACGAAGACUUCCAGCUGGAUGAAGAUGACGCUGGAGAAGAUGAUGACGCUCUCUCCUCGUCGGAGGGGGAGGACGAUGAAGCCGCGGCUCAAGAGCAGCGACCUUCCAAGAAGCGAAAGCUAGGCGGGAGCAGCUCAAAGAAGGACGAUGAUGGAGAAAUCAUGGAACUGGACUCUGGCGACGAGGCAACGAUACAGAAGGCAAGGCAGAGAAAAAAGAUGAAAGGAGCAAAGGGUGGUGAUGACGAUGAGGAUGACAUCGACUUUGAUGACGACGAUGAGGGUGGCGAAGGGGGCUUUGUGAAGACGAGAGCAAUGCGCAUGAGGAUGCAAGAAGAGCGCAAGCCGCUGGCGAAGAUCGAAGGAGCCACGAUCGAUGUCGACGCCAUAUGGGAGAAGAUGAACACUCCGGGUACAGAUUCGGGGUUACUCCCGACAAGCAAGCCAGAAAAUGAAGAGAAAGAGAAGAAGGAUGCUGCAAAUGGAGAAUCCCAGGCCGAACAGCAGAAACAGGAGACCAAGCUGCCGUCGGAGGAAAUGAUCAAAAUCAAGCGGACAUACAAGUUUGCCGGAGAGGUCAUCACCGAGGAGAAGCUCGUGCCCAAGGAUUCUGCGGAAGCCAAGCUCUACCUUUCACAAUCCAAGGACAAGCCUGUCGAUGACGCCGAGGCCGAGGAUGCAGCGUCUAAAAAUUCCGGUCUGAAGCUCCGGAGACCACUACGAAAGUAUUCUCGUUUCGACCCCAACCCACCGGACGCGAUCAAGAAGAGCUGGGAGAAGCAGCCGACUGCAGCCGAGGCUGACAGCAAUAAGCAAGUCAAGGGUCCGAAACUCAACACGGUCGAGAAAUCCCGACUCGAUUGGGCAGAGUAUGUGGAUCAGGCCGGCAUCAAGGACGAGCUGAACGUCCACAGCAAAGCGAAGGAGGGCUACCUGGGACGAAUGGAGUUCUUGAGUCGUGUGGACGCCAAGCAGGAAGAGGAAAGGAGAAGGAUCCGGCUAAAGGGGCUGUGA